UUAAUCAGAUCUGUCACCCGUUUCAGUGUAUUACAGUUCUCGGCACAAGCCACAUUUCCCUAAGUAUUUAUCCAUCAAAAAUAUUUAUUUUUUUCUAUUUCGCUAAAGCCGCAAAAGUAAAAAGUGAAAAUUCAUUGUUAGUUUUUAGCAAUACCAAAGGCCAAGACAAAGAUCGAAGUUAAGGAAGGCACAGUGGUGCAAUCAAGGCGUGUCAAAUCGUUCAGAAUGAAUCCCACCAAUUUGGGCAGACAAAAUGGGGCUCUAGUGCUGGAGGUGUUGAAGGUGCUGGGUCGUCCGGCCACCAGUUACGAGGUAGCUGAACGGGUCGCCGAUGUCUACAGGCUGCCUUUGCAGCGCAUCAGUCCAGUGGUCAACGAUGUCUUGAAGGCCGGCAAACGUCAGGGUUUCUUUAGGUGCCAAAAUGGCCGCUUUUCCGUUGUGCAGUCAGUGGUAGAUCAACUCGGUCAAGACAUCGAUCAGUAUGCUGCUGAGAUCUUAGCUGGAUGCAGUGCCGAAGGACCCUUGCCCCAGAUGUCCCCUUUGAUGCUCAAGCUUCAGCAACUGGACGGAACACCGCCCAUGGUAAACGGAAAUGGUCAUCGCCAGAUGACUUCGGGGGAGCAGCGCGAACUCGUGCCCUCCGGUGAUGUGCCUGUGGAUGCUCGUCUUCUCAUGGUGCCCGUCUCUACACUAUGAAAAUUCUCCAUCUUACAAAUUGUACAGAUCAGUGAAAUGUGCAAAACAACACUUCUGGAGUCCAAUAAAUUCGGAGCUAGGCUGCGAUCUUGGACCAAGAA